AUGAAACUCAAUUCAUAUAAGCAACAGGCCUGCCUACGCCUUGUUCAGAACUCAACGCUAGUGGCGAAUGUGAAACUUCGAUGGCGAGGCUUGUAUUUGCGCUGCGAGCAGGAAAGUCUGUACUUCACACGAGCUGCGAACCUCAAUGUAAUCAGCAGCAAGCGUUGUCCCAACAUGGGGUCAUGUAAAGGCUUAAAAUGCGCAGCGAUCAAUAGCACCAGUCUUGUCGAAGAAUUAAAGGAUGAAAACAAACAUCCAGGACGCACAGGAUGCCUCGAAUCGUGUGGAGGUAUAGUAUGUGAUUGUUUCUAUCCCAGGUCUGGCUGUUUGUUCUACCGCAUUUACGCCACUCCGCGUAAUGCCAAAGUCUAUGAAAUCUUUGGCUGCAUGCGCUGGUCCGAGCACGUGAAAUUAGAGGUUAUUAUUGAGGAUGCGGAUAGCAGGACGGGUAAUCAACAGUUCGUGGUAUACUCUAUUCCCAAUGUUCCUGUCAUCCUUCCUCCUCUCAAGAUCGUCUUGACAUCUCUUUCACUACCACCUACUCCGGCACUUGCACGAGAAUUCAUCACAGACGGAGUCGACACGUCUAUAUGGAACAAGGCGAUCAGUCCACCAUUGCGCUGCAAAACAUGGGCAGAUGCUUACUCUUUUAAUUGCACUGUCGAUGACAAAUGCAAGUGCACGGGCGCCGAAACUACGAACAUGGAAGCACUGCGCCGUAACCUCCGCAAGGUGGAAGAAGAACUUGCACAAGUUCGGAAACAACUUGAUGACAAGACAAGAGCACUACAAGAAUUGCGCCGCGCCCUUCCACCAAUCCCAAAUCCAGAACAUCUUUACCGCAACAUCAUAGAUCGCUGUCACCAGUUCUAUGCGUGCACCACCUCCACGACGGAAUUGAGUAACCGCAUAAAAGCUCUCUCCAGGUCCGUCGACAGCUAUGAAAACCGGCUUCAUGAAACAUCGUUGCUGGAACUCUCAGUAGACAAAGUUCGUGUGGAGAUACUCUUCAUAAGAUUCCAGCUCCGAACGUUUUUUUCUGCGCCUGCGCUCCUUUGUGCAUUUGGACUCACUACGAUGGAAGUGUGGCAAGCCUGGAUGGAUCGCCCGCAAGAGAACGAAGCGGGAGCACCAUUGCUGUCACGCCCUGAGGAUAUAGAACGUGUAGCGGACGACCAGCUCCACCAACUUGACUGCCACCGCCGCGCUCUCACCGAAAUCAGAGCCUCUUUAAUGCACGAGGAAAGGCAAGCCAACCUGAAUUUUCAACUCGACAUGCGCCGCGCUGUUGCCGAGCUACAGUCCUCGUUAAAUGUGGCACUCCAAUCCAUGGAACAGCGCGCAGCGACCGCGCCGAUCGUGGACGCACACAACGACUCCGCGAUGGAGGAGGCUCAUGAGGAGGAAGCGCCCCCUGAUGGGGAUCAAGACUCCAGCGGAAAAGCGCCUGCGCCGGAGGACAUAGCCAUGCAAGAGCAAGAAAGAGAAGCCCUCCAGCAGAAC